AUGGCAACCUUGCAAAAAUUCAAGCUCCUCGCCACUCAAUGCUCCGUCGUCGCCGGAAGCCCCACGCGCAGCCCAUCCGCCAGCCCCGUCAUCCACCUCCGCCGCCGCAAAACCCUCAGAAUGUUCCUCACCCGCCCCGACCGCCGCCGAAUGCCUCGCCGGAGUACCUCCUCCGAUGCUCCCAACAACGACGACGACGAUCGCGAAAAUGACGACCCGCCGGAGAGGAAGAACAGCAAGGAGCAGGCUCGGGUCCGCCGUAAGCUCAGGGACCUGUUCGUGUCGUCGCCGCCGCCGCUGGAGGAUGGAAGGAGAGGCCGAGAGGUGGAAGAUGGAGAGGAGCGGGGAUUGCUGUCGGCGACGGACGUCGGCGGUGGCGUCGGUGGCUUGGCGAGGACUCGGCGCGGCGGGUUUUUAAGUCGACCCCUGACGGCGUCGUUUAGGUGUAGAUUGCUGAAGAGGGCUUGGCGACCUGUGCUGGUUCCUAUUCCCGAGUAG